ACACAGAAACAGACACACGUACAGACAGACCGAGAGCCAGACCGAGGUACUCACAGAGUCGCAGAGUCACAGAGGACGAGGAGGAAGCCAACGAGACCCAAGGCACAGUCGCCCACACCAUCAGACCCCGUCUGAGAACCGUCACCGCCUCGACUCCGUGACCUCGAUCCCUGAGGGAUUGAUCGUUUCUCCCAUUGAGCCAUCCCAACGGCCUGUCAACUGACUGGUGAGUGUCGUGAGGGCUUGGCCUGGCCUAGAUGAUACACGUCCCUGUGUUGGCUCCGAAGAUCGGGUCGAUUGACGCCAGAGCUCAGUGGGGGUUGGGGUGGCAGUGUUGAGCCGCCCGGCAGGCAUCAGGGUCCGAUUGGCCAGUGAGUGGGCCUAGGGCCAGAUUGAGGUGGAUUCCCGCUCACCAUGGCCUCGUCCGAGGUGAGCGAGGUCACCGAGGUCUUCAGUGUCUUUCCCGAUGACGAUUUAACCCCGGUGUUGGAUGAUGAAGAUGCCAUUAGCGGGAUGCUCAAUGGCACCCACCAUCAUCAUCAUCAUCAUCAUCACCAUCAUCACCACCACUCUUCGAAUCAUCAUGGAUCCACGGAUCCGGAUGCGCCCUCAUCCGUGAUUUACGGAGGGGGGCACGACAUGAUCAUCGGUGGGACCGAGUCGGCCGAUCUUCCUUCAACCGUGGAUGAGGACCAUGAGGAGGAGGAAGACGAGGACGAUGAAGAAGAGGAGGAAGAGGACGUGGAUGAUAUUGACCUUGGGCCCGUUUCCGCCUUUGGCGGCGGGCCCCAUCUUCAUUCUCAGCCCCACCAUCUCCCGCCCGAUGUGGAUUCGGACGAUCCGGAUGAGAACGAACAUUCUUUGGAUGCUUUGCCCCCGGUUCAACUUCAGUCACCCUCCAUUAUCGCCCGGAACAAUCACCGACGAGUGGGCCCCGUUCAGCCCGCCCCGCCCAACGAGUUCAGUUUGAGCUCACGGGUCACGUCAUCCUCGUCGGUCUCGCCCGCCUCGUCUUUGGUCAAUCGAUCCGGAGUAAACGGGAAGAAACGCCUGCCCGUAACCUUGGUUCGGGGAUCCCCGCGUGUUAGUCAAACCGGAGGUGGAUUCACUCAUCUCACGAGUGGGGCGCCCGAUGGGCGUAGUCCGAGUGCCAACCGCUUGAAUUCGUCCAAGAAUCACCACCGUGCUGACAAUCACGGGGGUGAUAUCUCGAUUGGAUGGCAACAAAAGCAAGUGUCGAUCAAAACGCUGGAAGGCGAAUUCUCUGUCACCAUGUGGGCCUCCGGCGUUGAUGAAGAUGACGACAAAAAAGACGACUCGAAUAGUGGCGGAGGCGUCGAUGUCAGCAGUUCGGGGGUGCUAGAUGAUCUUAACUCGAAUGAUGAAGCAGAUCCCGACUACACCGAGUACAUGACAGGCAAAAAGUUGCCCCCGGGAGGAAUCCCCGGCCUCGAUCUCUCCGAUCCCAAACAAUUGGCAGAGUUUGCUAGGAUAAAGCCGAAGCGACAAUCGGGCGAUGAUGUUCCUCGCACUAUAGCCUGCCCUCACAAGGGAUGUACAAAGAUGUUUCGUGACAACUCUGCCAUGCGGAAACAUCUCCAUACCCACGGUCCUCGUGUCCACGUUUGUGCCGAGUGUGGGAAGGCCUUUGUCGAGAGCUCGAAACUGAAACGCCACCAACUCGUCCACACGGGAGAGAAACCCUUUCAAUGCACAUUCGAAGGCUGUGGGAAACGAUUCUCUCUGGACUUUAACCUUCGUACCCAUGUCCGAAUACAUACGGGUGACCGGCCUUACGUCUGUCCAUUCGAUGGAUGCAAUAAGAAAUUUGCCCAGUCCACUAAUCUCAAAUCUCACAUUCUCACCCAUGCCAAACAAAAGAGUCUUCAUCAUCGUCAAGACAGCCUUGGAAAUGGAAGUGACGUCAGGAUAUCGCCGAUAGCUUUCCAUUAUACCACCAAAGGCUCAGGUCUGCCCAAUAUUGGCGAUGAGGAAGAUCAAGACGAAGAGCAAAUACUUCAACAACAACAACCACCACCAUUUGUAGUCUACACACAGUGAAACAUAGAUCCUCGUGCCUCAAUCGGAGUCCCCGCCAACUUAGACAUUCAGUGUUAUGGUUUAAUGCAUGGACAGAUCAACUAAAAGACAAUCUAGAAAAUUUGUGCAUUGUGAGUGAAAUGUCUAUUCUCAAAGGCUCAAUCUCCCCCACACACGCUUACCGGAGGAAGGCCUCAUCUUUGUCUGAACGAGAAUUGUCAAGCUAUCUGAUUGUCCCACUCCUCCUGUUCCCGCUCUCUCCGUUUGAGAGCGAAACUACUAUAUAACUACGCAUUCACAGGAAGAUUUUGAGGGUAGACAUAGGUUCUAUGAUAUUCUCGAAAAUACAUUCAUACAAACAUC